UUCAAAAGUAGCUCUCCACAUCCGAAACUGGCAUGGGUUCGCCAGGAUAGUAUAAAAGUAGGUCCAACGUAUGGUUUGCUCAUCAGACGUUUAAAUCUGUUCCGAUCGGUAACGUGACCAGUCUUCGGUGUGUCAAACGAUUCGAAAUAUCCAACAUGAAGUGCUUAAUUUUAGUUACCCUGCUAGCCGUAGGUUCUCAGUCCUUCUUUACCGCGGAACAACACGAGUUCGCGAAAAAACUGGCCAUCACUUGUUCCGAUGAAAUCGGUGAGGGUCUUCCAGAAAACAUCGGAGAUCGAUUCCGCAGCGGCGACCUAACGCUAACCGAUGCCAAAUCCAAAUGCUUUAUGAAGUGCAUGUUUUCCAAGGUCGGAUUUAUCGAUGGUGAUGGGAUAGUCAAUAAGACAGUUUUGGUGGACAAGCUGUCCAAGGGAAAUCCUAAGGAAAAAGCGGAAUCGUUUGCCGAGCGGUGCAAUAUGUUCGAAGGUUCUGACGGGUGCGAGAAAGCACUUGGACUCUAUGAGUGCUACCACAAAAAUAAGGCAUCUUACUUCUAGAAGGGAAUCUGCGACUGACUAACCGGUUUUGUUGAUGUAUGU